CAUGGAAUUCUAUAUAUCAUUUAAAGGUUAUUUCAACAUCUAUUCAGUUUACAAAAAAAUUAUAUUUACCUAUCUCAAUCAAGGACGCCUAGAAUGGUUACAGAGUCAUAACAAAUUCAACAUCAACAGAGGCUUUUGUUUACCUUGGAUAUUGGCUAUGAAUUUCGAAGAAUAGCUAUGAGAUUAUUCUGGAAAAUAACUACCGUUAAAAGAUCGAAGUUGGCCCUUUGCUUGCUUUUUCUCACGUUUGCGUUUUUCUUCCAUUCUUGGUUCAUUUCUUACAAAGGUGGCUAUCAAAUCAUUCAACCAACUCACCUAGAAAUACCUCGAUUAGGCCAGCACUUCUCUACGCCUCUAAUAACACAAGCUCGUACGACCAAAAUAAACAGGGCCCCAUGUAUUAAUAUGCGGUGUAACGGUUCCGAGAUACCUUAUAAGGUUAUAUCUGGAGACAAAUUGGAUCAACAUCCAUUCGUGUGCAUCGAUGAACAAACAAUAGAUCUGAUCAAGGAUGAACAUACAAAGGGGAGGGGACUACAUCUCAUUCGUAUAAAUGUGAUUACCAAAGAAAUCCUAAACGAUCAACUUUUUGAUACCUAUAACAACGAUUAUCCACUCAUCAAAUUUCUCAAGACAGUCCCAAAUCAUUUUAUAAUAGUGAUCGUGUGUUAUGACGAAUGUUCUGCUAAAUUAACCAAAUUUGGAAAAGAAAUAUUAUCAAAAUAUGGGAGUGUCCUAAUAAACGAUUUGCAAUACAGGGAGAAUUUUAUAAUGAUAGGACAAUUGGGUUUACAAAAAGGACUCGCUAUCGAAAAAAUUGGACGCAAAAAGAAUGCAAAAGAUAAAGAUGGUUUUGGGGCCAAGAUUGAGAUUUCCGGUUGCUUAAAAUCGCCCGUCGGCCAGUUGAUUCCGAAUUUCGUGCUGGAAUCCGAUAAAAUCAAAGAAACGAAGGAUAUCAGAAUCGUGCAAUCUAGCGUUAACACUUCAUGUGGCGAAUGUUCCAUCGAUAAUUCUGAUCAUGACCGAUCACCAAAUAUUCCCGUCCACAUUUACAUAGGGAAAGGGGACAAAGACUUCGUUAGGAUGUGCAUUAACGGAAUAUAUUAUUUCGACAAAAAAUUGAACGGAGGAGGCCGAGGAUUGAAUAUUGCUCAUAUCGAUGAAAAAUCUAAAGGAGUUGUGAGAUUAGGUCAUUUCGACACUUACAAUGAAGACAGUUCAAGUUUGGAAAUAUUUUUAGAAUCCUUGCAAGUAGGUGACACAAUUAUCGUGGCAUCAUUCGAUGACGCUUCGUCAAAAUUGACAAAUCACGCCAAAAAACUAUUCUUUGAAUUAGGGAGCUCCAUGGUGCAAAACCUUAAAUACAGAGGCUCUUGGUAUUUCGUAGGUCAAAAGGGGAUACAAGGAUUUUCCAGCAUUGAAGAUUUAGAAUUUCCAGACGCCCAUGGUUCCUGGGCACCGACUAUAGACGUUAAAUUUUGUUUGCCUCUACAAAAUUUUCAGGGUAUCAUAAUUAAACCAGAUCCUUCCUUGGCUGAUAACGUCAAACGCAGAGAUUAUUGCGCUAAAUAUGGGGAUUUCGCCGAUUUUUGCGAUGAUGAACAUAUAUACGAAUACAUAGCUCCUGCUCCUUUAAUAAAGCCUGGACACGCGUUUCACCCUAUUUAUAAUACGCCAAUUUUGGUCGUCGCAGGGAUCUCUCAUACCUCUCUAAGGAUGACGUUAGAAACUUUGAUUAUGCAACCUGGUAUCAAGCCUUCAAUGAUCAUGGUGGCUUAUGAUGAAUUGAUGCCAGUAUUCAAAGAUUUAACCGAAUUAUUUGGAGCAAGGCCUCAUCCCAUAUCUUCCUCUUUUCAUUAUAAUGAACUAUUCCACAAGGCGCUUCAGCAAGCUUGGGAUUAUUAUUCCAAAGAAGAAUACCUAAUGAUCAUUGAACAAAAUUUGGUUCUUGCGCCCGACUAUAUACAUUACAUGUCACAAGCCCUGAUUGUGCUUAUCAAUUCGUCAGAUUUAGCAUCAGUUUCUGCUUGGAAUCCCUAUGGUCACGAAAAGAUUUCUGACACUAGACCCGACAUUAUUUACAGAAUGAAUGAAGGUCCAAUAUUUCCUGGUUUAGCGUUUAUCCUUAAACGUUCCUUUUAUGAAAAACGGAUGAAAGGAAAGAUGCAAGAAUGUUGCCAUAAACAAACUUGGCAAGGUUGGCUCAAAGAUGAAGAGAUUUUACAAAAUGGUAUUGAAACGCUUAUCCCAGAUUAUUCGAGGGUUUACAGGCUAGAUGUAUCCCUCAGCGAAGAUAGUAUCACCUCUAUACUUAAAACUAAUCCCAAAUAUUGGGAGAAUAGGGCCAUCAAUUUAGACCCGUUCGCCUGGGCUGAAUUAGACCAUCUUUUAGAUUCUGAAUCUUACGAUGAUCAUAUAAAAAACUCCAUUAAGACCUCAAAACAUAUAAUGAUGUACUCGAACGAGACAAUUAAAAACACUCUUAUCAAAUUAUGUGAAGAGCUUAAUAGUCAAGCAUUGAGUUCAUUAGAUGUCUCCAUAAUAUUGGAACGAAAUUUCGAAGGGCCUAAAUUUUCCAAAAUUAUAUCUCGCAUUGUAUCUUGUUAUCAAGUCAAAAUUUUCGUUUCACCGCCCUUGCCUUCUUAUAAAGGUCUUUUCAGAUUUACCUAUUAUGGCAAACAACGAUUUAUACUGAAGGCAAACUCUCAAUUUUUAUGAAUAUUCAAAAUUAUAUGAAAAGGGACCUAAAUAAUCGUGCAAUAUUUUUUCCUAGUGAACAUAUUUGAAUCUGUCCCCAAUAUUUUAUAAUAUAUUAUUUUAAUAUACAUUAUAUAUAUAUUUUUUUUUUUAAAUUAUCUAAAUGUGAAUUCAAAUUAGCAAAAUAUCGUAAAUUUAGAAUAUAUUAUAAUUUAUAAAAACUUCAUCUCUUUUUGUAUAUUAAUAAAUAAUGCAAUUUUAAAAAAAAUUAAUAUGUAAAUUUAUUAUGCUGUACAGUCCACUAAAAUUUUAUUCAUUGUAAUAAAUUAUUAUUUAUUAAUAAUGAAUCAACUGAUGGUUCAUUAAAAAAAUAUUUAUUUUCAAAAAAAAUAUGUAAAUUUAUUAUACUAUACAGUCCACUAAAAUUUUAUUUAAUGUAAUAAAUUAUUAUUUAUAUAUUAUUUAUAAAUAAUGAAUCAACUGAUGGUUAAUUCAAAAAUUUUUUUAUUUCCAAUUCAAGAUAUUCCAAGAUUUUUAUCCAAUUCAUCCUGAUUUCCAGGUUGUUUAUAACUAAUGUCAACCGAUUCAUCGUGACUCCCAUUCUGUUAAAUAUAUAUAAAAUGAUUUUAUAAUAUUUGUUUAAAAUUAAAUAUAUUAAAUCCGGGAAAAGUCAUCAUAUUUUUUUUAUAUUUUAUACUUACCUUUGUCACAAAGUUUAUUUACAUAGUCAAAUGUCUAAUUUAUAUUAUCAUCGCUAAAUGUUGAAGCCUUAAAUGGAUAAAUUAAUAUUACUUUAUAAUAACUUUACCAUGUAAAUUACUUUAAUGUUUUGGUUUUAAUGAAUAGAUAA